CUCGUCAACAUGGGGACGGAUGGAAUAUAGUUGACCAAACAGACACGAAAAGCAAAUCGAGAGAGCCAAAUCCCUAAAGAGAAAGAAGGCGCAGUACUAGACACGCAUGCAAACAGGCUCUCGCGAAGAAAGAUAACUGUGUCACCGGGCGCACGAGGCACACAUUGGCGCUCACGAGGAACACGGGUUUCAGUUUGCGGCAGUGACGUAUCGUGAUCUCAUCGAGAGGCUGCUUCCACACAGAGGAGUCUGAGGGAGAAGGACCUCCCUUACCCCGGCACUGUGGUUUUUGUAUUUCGAAACUUUUUUUUAAUUACAGCUCGACCUAACGGAACAGAUGAUGCCUAUGCUGUAUUAUCAGUAAUCUCAAUCAUAUUAACCACCCUCGUCUGGUAAGUUUGGCAACUUUUUCCUCUAUUCGUUUGCGUUGUCUAGGCGAAACGUGUAACAGCUCGUCACGGCUUCAUUGUUUUAAUGGCAUCAUCGGUGAUGUAUGUGGGUUUUCUGAAAUACAAAGUGUUAUCCCUGAUGAAGAAAAGUACAUUAUCCUCCUACAACCCCCAACGUUGUUUACCACUAGCGUUAUAACAGUUAAAACACUGUUAUAGUCGUCAGGCGAGGAUAACCAUGGUUUUCUCUCGUUAUCAUGUGUAGAAUUGUUUUAUUCUUACCAGUAUUCGUACUCGAUAUAGAAGACCAACUAUUUUUAUAUACAUAUGCCUAUGUGUAGUUACUAACUAGGCUUGUGCGUGUGUUGCAUUCAAUGGCAAACGCACAUCGCCUUUUUUUUUCUCAUCAAACUGUGUUAGUAGGCCUAUAGAAGAGGAAACCCUGGUUUGAACACUACCAGAUAUAAAUGUACAAAUAUGGAAUCGCUCUUUGUCAUCUGACCCUACGUUAAACGACGGAGUCAAAGAGGCAGACGGAUGUGCAGAGGUCCUCAACACAGGGUGGUAAAGCCACGCUUGAAGCACUGUCAUGGGAACGUGAUGACCUCACUGAUCAUAUGUUCAUAGAAGAAUACCUGGAAGAAGAUGAUGAACCACCUUUGCUGCUCAGCUCUCGUCCUACUCACAGUUUUAGACUGUGGUGGGACUGCAGCAGUGCAGUGUCGGUGGGGGGAGGCGUGUAUGUGUCUGCAGUGCCCUGCUGGCCAGCAACCAUCCAAGGCGUGUGGACAGGUCCAAGCACCAGCAACAGACGUGCAAUGCCAGGCUUGCCCACAGGGCACGUUUGCAGAUGCGCUCGACUCUGAACUCUGUCGCCCACAUGCAUCCUGUAUGGAGCUCAAGCGACAGGUGGCCACCCCUGGCAGCGCGGUAUCUGACACUGUCUGUGGAGGCUGUCUGCCUGGAUUCAACCCGUCUUCCGUAGAAAACGACGGCCCCUCAAAGCCGUGCGUGGAAGCCGGGCCGGCGGGGCACGUGAGGGCGGUCCGCACCGCGGGCAGCGGGCCGGCGAGCACAGGCGGCCGUCUGGCCAACGGCACGGCGGUGCGCGGCGCGGAGGAGAAGACGGCCGAGUACGCCGUGUUCGCCCUGGUGCCCGUCUUCUGCGUGAUGGGCCUGCUGGGCAUCCUCAUCUGCAACAUCCUGAAGAAGAAGGGCUACCGCUGCACCGCCGAGAAGGAGGGCGGGGACGAGGAGACGGCCACCCCAGAGAAAGAAGCCAAUGGCUGUCCAUACAUACCGGACGACCCCAACGAGGACACCAUCAGUGUCCUGGUACGCCUCAUCACUGAGAAGAAAGAAAAUGCUGCUGCACUUGAGGAACUUUUGCUGGAAUAUGAAACCAGUCAGAUGGCCAUGAACAAGAGCUCAUCAAUCAAGUUCCCCAAGCUCUCCCCUUUGGCUCAGUUCCGCUCCCUGCCCCGGCUGUGCCCCCACCAGUCCCACCUGCACACCAUCUCGGGCCUGUCCGGCCUGUUCCCAAGGCACGGCUACCGCUGCUCCCGCUGCGCCCAGAGGAAGUGGCCCGCCAUCCUGAUCCCCCCGCUGGAGGCUCUCAAAGACCACCCCCUGAAGCCCCCACAGAGCCUGAUCCUGCCCUACCUGGACGCGGGCGUCGACACCCAGAAGAGCCCCCUGCUGGGGGGAGUGUGCGUGGACGAGCCGAGGCCCCAGGCCGCCGUGCCAAAGGCCACACCGCAGAAGGUGGGGGAGAGCUUUGAGGGAGGCAAGGAGAAGAAGAAAGAGGGAGAGCCCACGGUGCUCUCUGUGGGAAGAUUUCAAGUGGCCCAGAUUACAGAGAACAGACCUGUCACCGUGGAAACCAAGGCAUCCACUCAGGAGCAACGGAACUCUCUUUUUGGCGGGAAUCCCUUCUCCUCACUCUCAGGAGUCUCAAGGAGGUGAACAGAGGGAUGCUGUACCCAAACGCUACCUCACUGAGGAUAACCUCACGAUCAAUGGACAACUUGAAGGGACUCGAGUCCAUUAAGGUCAACACUAAACCAAGUCACUGAAAGGAGAGACCUAAAUCCUCCUCAGCGUUCAUUUGACUGACCCUCGUUCGCCUUGGGAAAUGAUAUCAUACCAUCACACAUAUCUAUUUGACUCUUUUUUCUAAUAGAGUUUGGUUAUUUUCUUACACAAUCAUGGAACCACCGGAAGGCUUGCUGGGCACCUGCCGUUCUGUUGCUUUAUAAAUUAUUAUAAUUUAUUAUAAUCAUUUUAUAAACCCAUUUUGAUGGGUAGGUGGGUUGAUUAAGCGGCCAUCUUGAAAUGGCCGUCAGUGCAACAUUGUGAUUAGCUAGUCAUCUUUAAUCCAUACAGGAGGAAAGGACGGGGAUGAUUGGAAGGCAUGUAGAGGUUUACUCGGGGGAUGUCUUAAUGUAUCGGUUCUUCCAAGUGAAAAAUGUAAACCACAUACACAAAUUGUAGCCCUCGCUCAUGCCCACUUCAGGUCACUCUCACACACGCACAUACACACGCACACACACAAACACACGCACACAUACACACUAACACACACACACAUCUAUGCAUAUUCUCAAACACGUUUAGUUAGUUUUUGUAAUACGUAAUAUAGAUACUAUUCCCUGUGGGAGUCUAGACGUUGUAAAUAGUACAAGAGUACAAAUAAGUACCAAUCAUGAAAUGCAAGCCAAAUUUAAAGGUUUUUUGUACAUAAACAACACAAUCAGUAAUGAUCAGUAAAUACAUUUUAGCCAUUUUUGAAGGAUCUUGGGGAGCUAUUUUCCAAAUAGCUCAAUAAAAAUCCUUAUUCUUAAAUUAACUUUUCAUGGAAGAUUUUUAAAACAAAGAGCUUGUUAAACAUUGAGCUCACUCAAACCUAUCCAUGAAGACAGCCGAAGAGACAUUUUGGUUACCGUAAUUGAUACAUGUAAACAGUGUUAGUGAUUAUUUAUUGAUUUUACUCAUUCACAUUUUGUUUAGCAGUGUUUCUAGCUAACAUCGCUGAACUGAAGUUGCUUUCCUUAAGUCUUUACACAGGUUAAAACUUCUUGAGCCUGGACAUUUUUAUUUGAGAUAUUGUAUGAAAACCAUCAUGUUGGCAUAGGAAUAUGUAAAUAUGUGAACACAUGUACAUAUGGACGGUCUGGAGCAGGUUUGAGUCUUUAGCCCUCUUAUUCAUUACAGUUGUGGCACUUGAUUGAAUUGAUUCAUGACGAACAUUUUUUGGAUGAUUCAAUGGCUUAAAACGUCAAAGCGUAUAUUAAAUCCAAUCAUGCUCCUGCUCCUUUUCUUUUACUGUCUAGAAACAAAACACUAGAUUUCAGGCAUAAUAGAUUCCGUUUUGGGACAUUCUCUUAUGGGAUGCUAGCCUAUUGCAUUUUUACAGGACAGUACUAAGUAUUAAAAUAUAUAUUUUAGUAUUUUUGCUGGGGAGAGGGGGUAUUGGCAAAUAAGCGAACACACAUUUCAAUGUUUGUUUUUUUAAACCAGUGAUUAUUAUGAUUAUGAUAAUUUUUCAGAAUAAUAGUAAUCCGUAUUGUUACAAGCUGUCAUGCUGAAAGAAGGAUUGGAAACGUAGUAAAUACUUAAAUAAACAAGAGGUUUAUUUUCAUUGCCCUUGUGUCCGUUUAUUUUGUCAUUGCACAACUUGUUUUGUUUUUCAUAAGCACAAAGACACAAGCAGGCAAUACUGUCUUUGUACAGCAUUAUUGCCAUCUAUCACCCUUUUGGACAGAUCUCGCAAGUUCGUUAAAUUUAGGCCUACUCUGCAGAAAAGGUCUGGCUCACCUCCCAUACAAAAGGAUUCGGCCCGGUACGUGAUAGACCAUCCAAUCAAAACUGUUUAUCUAACAUGAGGCAUAUGGCUGUUGAUGUUGAACGGUCUGUUGAUCGUACGAUCGAGACAGUAUCAAACAAACUGGAUGUACAAUUUUCAGUAAAAUAGGAACAAUGAAAAUGUAAAGCUUUUGUUGACAUGAUUUAUUUAUUUAUUUUUCGGUUUUUUGCCAUGAUUGGUUGAGGCCUAUCCAAUUGUGUCCAGAGGCAUAUUUGGUCUGCUUGCAUUGUUGACACCCCUUGGAAAUGAGCGGAGCGGUGUGGUUGCAAAGCAUGCCCUACUAUUGUUAACAUAUGUCUUAAUCCUCUUAUCAUUCCGCCAGAUUUUGGGUUAUUUGUGUGGUUGCAAAGCAAUCUCACUAUUGUUGUCGUGUUGUUAUGAUAUUAGGUAUAGGGUUAGCUUUAGAGUGCUUAUGGUUAGGGUCAGUAGUAUCACAAAUAGGGGGCGGUGUUGAGGUACUCAUUAAGUGUAAAUGGCAACAGCUGAGUUCUUCGGUGGCUCUCGGCAGAGACUCUAGCUGUGUUCGAAAUCGUUCCCUACUACUCACUCAAUAUUCCCGAUAUAGUGUUUAUGAUACAAUUAACUAUAUAGGGAAUGAACAACGAGAAUUCGGACACUAAGCUAAACAUUUCUAAAUGUCAUUUGCGUCAGUAAAUUGCUUUUAAAAAUACGGGAGCAACAUGUAGGGAGCAUCUUAUGUUCACUCAAGUUUUGGGUAUUUUAUUGUCCACUAUAUAGUGAAUGAAAUUAAGCUAAAAACUGAAAACGGGUCCCACAGACCAGAACACCUUAUAAGGGUUAACCACUGAGAAUUCGAACACCACUGCAAAAUGGUGAGCACCCUAUAUAGUGCAUUAUAUACGUAAUAAAUGACAAAAUACAAGUGCUUUUAAAAUAAAAGAUAAUUUUGUCAGUGAUUUGCUACCAUACCAGUGUUUUACCAUGGCUCUGGUCAGAGAGCUAUUUCAAAGAGGACAAGGCUUUUUAGAUCAGGUGGAAUCUGGUCAAAUAUCUUUGCACAUUCUGGAAGGAUGUUUUCCGCUUUUUUCUGCUUCUUCUUCUUCUUCAUGGUUUUACGGAAGUCUUGGCCAGCCAUGAAGUAGAGGAUGGGGUCCAUUAUGCUGUUGGCGCUGGCCAUCAGCAAGGUCAGCUCGAAGCCUAUAAAUAAUGCUUCCCUCAUUUUACAGAUCAUCUGAUCCAGAGACACAGAAAGAAGAUCAAACAAAAAAUACUUU